GACCUGGUAGUAAGAUUCAUGUUAGUUUACACUUGGAUUUCGGAGCACAAUGUUAGCUAAACUUGGAUCCGUAUAUAACCGCUUUCGCAGUUGGUGGUCAAUACAAAUAGCCUGCAUGCGGAAAUGUUUGGCACUCGCUGGGGAUUGCUUUUGGUUAUUGGAUGUUUUAUUACUUUUUGGAGGAAUGCGAAGUACUUCGACUUCAAUUUGGCGAAGUGAACACUUUAUACGGCACGCAACUAACUGCCUGUUUGCCUACCAAGUAAUCGCUGCUGGAUUCCAACUGAAGAACGUCGCAACCGAUAAACAGAACGAUGUGCUGGGAAUCGUUGUGGAAAUGAUCAAAUUCACCGGCAUUUGUGCUUGUUGUUUGAGAUCGUCGUGCGUGGCUUAUUUCAAGAAAUCGUUUGAGACUUUCAAAAAUUUUAUUAUCUAUGAAUCCACAAAUUCUGGCGACAUAGUUUUCGAUGAACUGGAACGACACAAAUUCCAAACACAUGCUCGUUUAAUAUUACAAGCAGUGUUUGGAUUGAUAAUCUCCGAUACAAUUCUGCUUUCGAUACCUUGCACCGCUACGAGAAAUUUGAUCGGCUUUCCAGCACAAUUUUCGGUCGCUGGUAAAUGGGCAUCGCGUGUUUUGCAAGUGCUUCUGGUCAGCAGUUUUCCGUUGGCAACUUUUCCAAAGUUCACCAGCAGCAUGGCCAGCAAUGUAAUUCUGCUGUUGGGGAUGAGAGCCAAGCUCAACAUCGUGGCUCAUCGUUACAGGCUUAUAUUGAAUCGACACUUGUUGAAAGCAGAACACUCGAUGGAGCGAUUGGACCUAGAAGUUCGGGCAGCACUGAUUCAACAAAUAGAAUGCUGGAGACAUUUCUCGAUCGUGAAGGAUACGGUCGGGAAGACAUUCAUUCCCGUUCAUUAUUACUCAGUGUAUUGUACUGGAUCGCUACUGUACGUUUCUCAAGACAUGGGAAUCAACGCAACUUCUGGAGUCCUGGUAGCAUCUGUUUGUUUUCUUUUAUUGGAACACUACUUCACUUGCCGUCUAAUUGAUUCGCUUCGAGAUGUUACUGACUCAAUCGGAUAUACAAUUUUCCAGUUGUGUGCUCAAAUACCGUACAGUAGGGAACAUCACUCAAAGUUUAUCCGAAUGAAGCGCACUUUGAUAAUAGCCUGGAUCAACACUUGUAAUGCAACGCCUGCAAACUGUUUUCAGAUUUUUGAGAUGUCAACAUCUGCUUUCGUUCGUUUGCUGAACACCACGUACUCGGUCUUCACAUUUUUGAUUGAUGUCACUUAAACGCGGAAGUGUUCUGUGUAAUACUGCAAUUGAUGCCUGAGCAGACAUUUUUAAGGAUUUAUUUUAUACCAUCAUUUGGAGAAAAAAUACUUAAACUAAAAAUACUGUAAUUGAUGUCUGUUUAGAAUUAUUAUGGGUUUAUUUGAUAUCGUCAUUGGAAGAAAGUUUUUCUAAUAACCGAAGUAACCGUAGUACCUACGUAAAUAUUGCUUUCGUUUUAAGUUUAUCAACGGCGAAAUCAGAAUAUUACACAACACAGUCAGGUCUCCUAUCAGACGCUGCCACUCACUUUACGCCCACCGCAAUUUCUCAGCUACUGUC